AUGCGGCGAUGUCUAUUCUCUUGUCUGCGUCUCUCUGGUAGCAGCCAAGCUAGGUCUGGCCCAUCGGCUCACCGCUGGUUGACCAACUCCACUUCACGAACUGCCCAAGCAUCCAAACUUGUCUCGGAACUCGAACGCCGCAUACAAGCUAUACCGAUCGACCGAUUCCGAAAUUUUUGCAUCGUUGCACACGUUGAUCAUGGCAAAAGUACCCUCUCAGACCGGCUACUUGAGUUGACCGGUACUAUCGAAGCUGGAAGUAACAAGCAAAUCUUGGACAAGUUGGACGUAGAGAGAGAACGAGGUAUUACAGUUAAGGCGCAAACCUGCUCUAUGCUUUAUCAGUACAAUGGGCUAGAUUACUUGUUGCACCUAGUAGACACGCCGGGACAUGUAGAUUUCAGAGCGGAAGUAUCAAGGUCUUACGCCUCAUGCGGAGGUGCUCUACUCCUCGUCGACGCAAGUCAGGGUGUUCAAGCGCAGACUGUUGCAAAUUUUUAUCUCGCAUUCUCCCAAGGCUUACGACUAGUACCAGUUGUGAAUAAGAUUGACCUACCAUCCGCAGAUACUGAAAGGGCCUUGGAACAAAUGAAAUCAGCUUUCGAACUGCAACCAGAAAAUGCUGUACUCGUAUCUGCUAAGACUGGGAUUAAUGUGGAGAAUGUAUUACCAAAUGUUAUUCAACAAAUACCUGCCCCGGCAGGAGAUCAUAAGAAGCCACUCAGGCUUCUACUCGUGGACUCAUGGUACGAUACGUACAAGGGAGUUAUACUCUUGGUGCGGAUAUUUGAUGGAGUUAUCAAGGCGGGUGAUCAGAUAAGAUCGUUUGCAACUGGUCUAAAAUAUUUCGUGGGCGAGGUUGGAAUUAUGUACCCUCACGAAACUCCACAGACUGCCCUUCGUGCUGGGCAAGUUGGAUAUAUUUUCUUCAAUCCUGGCAUGAAGAAGAGCCAAGAGGUUAGAGUUUUUCUAUUUUUUGAAAUACAUUUCACUUUAAGUGUUUUUGACGCCAUGAAAUUGGCCUAUCUUGAGGAAGCGCUGAGUGGUGAUACAUUUACCACCGUUGGAUCAGAAAAGAUCGUAGAGCCCUAUCCCGGCUUUGAGGAACCCAAAUCAAUGGUUUUUGUAUCGGCGUUUCCAGUAGAUCAGAGUGAUCACACUCAUUUGGAAGAUUCUAUAAAUCAAAUCGUCUUAAAUGAUCGCAGCGUCUCUCUGCAAAAAGAAUCAUCAGAGGCUCUUGGUGCUGGGUGGAGACUUGGAUUCCUAGGAACCUUACAUUGCUCUGUCUUUGAAGAUCGCCUACGUCAAGAGCACGACGCCAGCUUAAUCAUUACGCCUCCAUCUGUCCCUUUCAAGGUUAUUUGGAAGGAUGGUCGCGAAGAGAUCUUUCAGACACCUACUCACUUCCCCGAUACCGAGGCUCGAAAGCAAGAUAUUGGGGAGCUCCAGGAGCCUUACGUAAAUGCCACCAUCACACUCCCAGAGGAAUACUUGGGAAAAGUUAUUGAGCUGUGCGAGGCAAGUAGAGGUGAGCAAAAGGAGCUAAGUUUUUUCACAGCCACACAAGUAAUUCUUCAGUACGACUUGCCACUUGCACAACUAGUAGAUGACUUUUUCGGCAAGCUAAAAGGGGCUACUAAGGGAUAUGCAAGCCUUGAUUAUGAAGAUGCAGGCUUCAGAAGAAGUUCUAUUGUUAAGAUGCAGCUUCUUGUAAAUAAAGAGCCUGUUGACGCUGUAUCACGAGUAGUUCAUCUUUCACAAGUUGAACGAAUCGGCCGUCAGUGGGUCGUCAAAUUUAAAGAACAUGUUGAACGGCAAAUGUUUGAAAUAGUCAUUCAAGCAGCAGUUGGGCGUCGUAUCGUUGCUCGAGAAACAAUCAAGCCGUUUAGAAAAGAUGUACUGGCAAAACUUCACGCUGCUGAUAUUGGUCGAAAAAGAAAGCUACUUGACAAGCAAAAAGAAGGUAGGAAGAGGUUAAAGGCGGUCGGAAACAUCUCAAUUGACCACAAAGCCUUCCAAAAGUUUUUGGCGAGGUAA